UGACACUAUGACACAACCACCACGUUCCACCCCAAUCACCUCACGUGCUUGUCACGUGGCCGUGAUCGGACUGGGAGCAGCUGGGCUCGUGGCGGCUCGAGAGCUUCACCGUGAAGGCCACACAGUCAUCGCCUUCGAGCGUGAGAAACAAGUCGGAGGACUAUGGGUAUACACCGACAGAGUCGAACAAGACUCAUUGAGCCAAGAACCGGAUCGAGACAUAGUCCACUCGAGCAUCUACAAGUCCCUCCGCACGAACCUUCCUCGAGAGUGUAUGGGUUACAGUGACUUCCCGUUCGUGAUCCGUCCCAGAGACGGCGAAUCUAGGGACCCGAGAAGGUACCCUGAUCACAGGGAAGUCAUGAUGUACUUACAAGACUUCUCCAAAGAGUUCAAGAUCGAGGAGAUGGUGAGGUUCGAGACGGAGGUGGUUCGAGUGGAGAAGGUAGAGGAGAAAUGGAGAGUUCGUUAUAGAAACUCAAGAGGUGUCUCUGGUGAGGAAAAUUUCGAUGCAGUAGUUGUUUGUAACGGGCACUUCACUGAGCCUCGUCUUGCUAAUAUUCCUGGUAUAGAUUCAUGGCCAGGAAAGCAGAUCCAUAGCCAUAAUUAUCGGAUUCCAGACUCAUUCAAAGAUCAAGUGGUGGUAGUGAUAGGAAGUCAAUCCAGUGGAAACGACAUAAGCAAGGACAUAGCAACAAUGGCUAAAGAAGUCCAUGUCUCGUCUAAAGCUAUUGCAUCCAAUUCAUACGUGGAGCACACCGGUCAAAAAAAUCUACGGAUUCAUCCCACGAUAUACCGCGCCUGCGAGGAUGGUUCGGUGGUGUUUAGAAACGGGAGAGUUGUUUAUGCAGAUGUUAUAGUUCAUUGCACAGGUUACAAAUACCAUUUCCCGUUUCUUGAAACCAAUGGUAAUGUGAAUGUCGAUGAUAAUCGUGUUGGACCGCUUUACAAGCAUAUUUUCCCACCCGCUCUUGCUCCUGGAAUCUCCUUUAUUGGUCUACCUUUCAUGGGGCUUCAGUUCUUUUUGUUUGAAAUGCAAAGCAAGUGGGUAGCUUCAGUUCUGUCCGGACGAGUUAAGCUUCCUUCGGAGGAUAAGAUGAUGGAAGACGCAAUAGCUUUCUAUGGGAAGCUUGAAGCCUUGGGGAUUCCCAAGAGAUAUACACAUUUUCUAACUGAUCCUCGAGGGAAUCCAAUGCUGGGAACAUUUAAUCCACAGGAUGCGGCUGUGAUCUCGCAAAGUGAUUACUUCAAUGAUAUCGCAGAAUAUUGUGGUUGCUCGUCCAUAGAAAGUUGGAGAGAGCGACAAUACAAUGUUGCCAUCAAGAAACUUUUCUUUGGUGGUGACAGUUAUCGUGAUCAAUGGGAUGAUGAUCAACUUAUCGAAGAAGUGUACCAGGAAUUUGAUAAAUUGAAGAUGAUUGAAAUGUGACGAAGAGACACAUUUAAAAAAGACCAUUUGUAACAAUUUUUGUCUUUGAAGAAUAGUCAAAUAUACAGUUGACCACUUUGGAUACUACUAAACAAGUCUUUUUUAGAUAUUUUCUAUUAUG